GAAAAGGCGAGAUAAUUAUGAAUAAUAACACACCAAAUAAAACUGGUUCUGAAACGUGCAUUGUGCACAAGAAAAAGAAAUUCAGCAAGGGAUUCAGAGUGCACAGGCCGUAUGACUAUCUUUACGAUCCAAUUUUCACCGUGUCAGCGGAGAUGGACCACAUCCGGGAGAGCUGUAAGGCUCAGGAAUCUGUGGCUCGUGUGACGAAGUUUCCUGAGUUUAACUCCAUGUUCAGUGAUCUUCCACACUACCCACGUUUCACAAUUCGCCUGCAAUCUCCUUAUCCCGUUCCUCCUUUCAUCGACCGCCAGUGGAGAGGAAAUGCUGAGCACGGGAGAGAUAUGCUGCAGACACUAGCAGGUCCAUUCACUCACUUUGUUCAACAGAGCCAAACUGAUGUUAUUUUUGCAUUCCCCGAUCAUUACUCCCAGUAUGCCCAGCAGGAAGGCUCUGAGUGGACGGAAAGCUCUUUUCAGUGCACAGUAGGAGUUCAGACAGAUUACCGCGACAGUGAGACUCAGACUGAUCCUUACACCCCUGAAUAUUUCCUACGACCAGGAGCAGCGACUCCAGAAAUCCUCACUCUGACCACGCUCACUUGGGGUCAUGGGCUUCCUGCUGGCCUGAAUGAGGUCGAGAUGAUUGAAAGAGCGAGGAAGAGGAGGGCAUGGGAGGCCAGCCUACCACCUCUGAAUGAUCUCACUCAGCUGGACAAGAGGUGGAGGAUGAUGGAUGAGAUGGAGAGGGAGACGUGGGCUUUCAGGGAGCAGGACAUCAAGAAGCUGCAAGAGGCUCGUUUGGCUCUUCUUAUGCGGUUUGUACAGGAGAGAGAUUCACAAAAGGAGAAGAUCACAGUGCAGCAGCUGGAUAAACAUUUUUCCCAGAAGCAGAGAGAUAAAGAAGAACGACUCCAGAAAUUACGCAAUAACUAUGCACGCUCUUUACGGAAACUCAUAGCAAAGAGGAAGACAUUGGAAGGGAAGUGGAUGAGACCAGAUAUUAUUAAUGAGCAUUUGGAUUACACCUCUCAGAUGUACGCUCCACUCUCCCACCAUGGACUCUUCCCUGAUCGACACGCACAAGGUGAUGCUGUCAAGAGCCACUUCCUCGAUACCUACCAAGGUCUGUUGGAGCUGGAGGCAAGUCUUCCACUUUCGGUCCUGGAGCUACAAACAAAAACCCCAAUGCCAAAGAACAAAGGUUUCAUCAGUCGCUCAGACCGCAGAGAAAUUGAGAUAAUGAAGAUUCACCAGGCAUUGAUAGACAAGAAGUUUCAGGUGGAGGAAAAGAAGCCUCUACGCUUCCUUUACAGGGUGGAGAAACCAGUCCCUCGUCCCCCGACACCUGUGGUGGACGCGCCUCCUGAGGGAGAAGAGGAAAAGGAGCUUGCUGUCAUUUUCCUACAGAAGCUGCUCAGAGGCAGAUCCAUCCAGAACCAGAUGCUGGAAGGUGCAGAAAAGCAGCUGGAGCUGAUCCAGGAGCUGCGCACCACCCAUGCCCUGCAGCUGGAGGAGCAAGAACUACAGAGAGCAGAUAAAGAGGUCACACUGGCCCUGCGGAGAGAGAAAGAGCAAGAGAGAGCCAUGAAAAAGCUCUCAGAAGUCGAUGUGGAUGGCCUUUCAGGGGCAGUGAUUGGCGACAUGCUGGACUUCCUGUCAAAGGAGCUGAUUCGCCUCCAGGAAGAAAGAAGGAUCCAUGCUUUCAUUCUGCUGGCUGAAAGAGACCGCCGCCUUCGUGAGGCUAAAGAGAGUGGGUGGAGACAGGUGGAAGAACGGAGACGGAGAGAGGAAGACGAGAUCUUUAGACAGGUGAUGAAGGUGCACCAGGCCACAGUAGAUCUAUACCUGGAAGAUGUGAUCCUGGUUAGCAUCGAUCAAACCGCCGAGGCUCAGGCCAGAAAAGAGAUCCACCACAUGGCAGAGGAGCUCAACAACAUCACCUAUGCCAUGGAGGAAACGAGAAACAAUAUGCAGUCAGAGGAGAUUGUAGCUCAACUUGUCCACAGCUUCCUCAUUCCUGAAGUAAACAAGGGCAUUGCCCGUGACAGAGUGAGGAAGAAUCAAAGGAGGCACUUGACUGCAGCACGUACCCUCAUCCAUGGCACUGACAGCUCCUCCACAAGCCCUCGGCCUCUCUCUCCCCCAACCAGAGUGUCCACCUCACUGCUCUCUCAGAUAAUCGAGCAGGUGGAGGAGGCUUCAUGCAACAGUGAUUACUAGAAUGAUCAGGAGAAUGAACACACUGAUUAAGGAUAAUUGGUUAGAACUACACUAUAGGACUAAAAGUUUAUGGACACCUGACCAUCACCUGGCCCGGGGUCGCAGUUGGCAUUCCAGUUCAUCCCAAAGAUGUUCAGUGGGGUUAAGGCAAUAAAGAUGCACCAGGCCACAGUGGAUCUGUACCUGGAGAGAAUGUCAAGUCAAGUUUAUUCGUAUAGUGCUUUUAACAACAGACACUGUUGCAAAGCAGCUGUGAUCCCGGAUAGUAUCAAUCAAAUCACCAAGGCUCUAGCCAGAGAAGAGAUCCACCAUGUGGCAGAGGAACUAAACAUCACCACCUACACCAUGGAGGAAAU